UUGCCUUGCGGGCCGCUGCUCCGCUGCUGCUGCUCCGCACAGAUCCGCUCCGCUCGCUCUCCGCUGCGUCGCGCCGCACCGAGCGCGCUCUGCGGCACGUCGUGCAGACCCUCGUCCUGCUCGGUCUCGGGCCCGACCACGGUCCGGCUGGCUCGACCGGUGCCCCGCCAACGAGUGCGUGACCGUGCCCCGCGCCGCGCGCCCGCAACCUCCACCAAGGAGCCCCGAAAGGAUUACCCCACGCCGACAGCCGCGGCCUCGGCCACGGCCGCUACGACAACGACCUCCGCCACGUCCUCGGCCCGGAGGGCAUGAGUCCCGAUGAGUUAAGUGAAGCAAGUGAGGCGUGCAGUGCAGUGAACUUGACUCCCCCGCGGCGGGGCCGGCCCGGCCCGGGCCUCUGCCCCCGGCGCGGCCCCGGUCAGGGCCUCGGCCCGGACACGCCGACAUGAUGGCCCGCCUGAUGCCCGGCCUAGGCCUCCUCCUGCUGCUGCUCACCGCCCUGGCUGCCGAGACCAUAACAGGGAGCGCCAGGAGGAGGAGGAGGCCUGGUCGCGCGCUGCUCGAGGCGAUGGAGGCCCCGAUCCUGGAUGGAGGUCGCGGUGCCGACUGAAGGACGAGUGGCGCAGCUCAGCGCUCUGCCCGCCCUGCCCUGCGAGAGUCCGUGCCGGUGGAGUCGACGGGGUGGGUCCAGGAGGAGGAGGAUGCUGCCGUGGCCCAGCGCGGAGCGGACGCCUCAGCCUCACAUCACAUGCUGGCUCAGGGAGGUGCUGGACAACGGCAGUUUGUACUUCCCGCCCUUCCCCGCGCAGAUGUUUCGCACCAUCGUGCACGCGGUGGCGUACCGCUGCCGCGCGGCCAACGCUGUGGGCGUCAUCGUCAGCAGGGACUGCACCGUGCGCGCCGGUAGUAGCAGCACCUGUGUAUCUAUCAUGGAAAUCCAGCCACGCCACGUCAAAGUUAUCGGUUCCAGUGAACGUCGUUUACAAGGUGGUCAAAGUGUUGAUGAAAAGUUAUUUGCACGUUUUGAGAAGGAAUACAAACGACAGACAGGAAAACUGUUCCAGAAAAAGCAGUACAUCAUGCUUAAAUGUCGACAAAUAAAGGAAGAAAUAUGUGAAGAAAAGGGAAACGUGUCUCGUGAAUAUACUGUGUCAGACGGAGAAAAUACUAUUUCCGUAACUAUGACGAAGAAAGAUGUUACUGAUUUUUGCAGUGACCUAGUAGACCUGGUGGUCAACGAAAUGAAAGACCUUCUAAUGUUAUUUGAGGUGGAGUGUGCAGACGUGGGCUGCGUCCUCAUAGUGGGUGGUUCGAGCCGCAUUCCCCUCUUAAGGGAAUGCGUGACAGAAUCGUUUGACGACAAAGCAACUUUAAUUCACUGUGUCAAUCCGGAGGAAGCCGUGGUGAAAGGUGCAGCCCUUAUCGGCUCGAAUACUGUCACUCUGCAAAAUGUCCUUAAUGUCACCACAGUGGUGAAGACUCCUACGACAUCUACCACUAUACCACGAGGAACUCCACUGCCCUAUAAAACUGAUUCUGUUUUCUGCAACAGCGGCAAUGUUGAGGUAAUACAAUACAGCACGGUAUAUUCGCAGGGCCACGACGAUAUAGAAUGUGUUAGUGGACUGCAAAUUGACGAAAGUGGUUUCAUUGAUCUGUUGGGUUUUAAUGGAGAAGAAUUGAAUAUUUGUCCAAAGAAUUGUCUCGGAGAAAUCAGGAGAGUGGAGUCUGCUAUGAGAAUGCAGGCAGUGCUCAGAGAGAUAGAAACAAAACCCAUGGACGGAUUUCAAAGUAAUCCUAUAGACUCUAUGAAGACAGCAGAAGACAUAGAGUCUCUGAAUCGGCAGCGUGCUACUAAAGCAGAAAUUAAAACGUCGACACCUCUUCGUGCUGGUCCUAACCACGCUUCAAAGUCAUCUUGGUCAUUUUCGUCUAUAAGUCGCAAUGCAGAGAGCACCAGCACCGGUCAUUCACAGGAUGAAAAUUUCAUGCUCCAAGAUGGUUCAUUCGAUGGAUUCGAGCAUCCUAUGAUGGGAUUCAAAAACCUGGGGAAUACAUGCUACAUAAUUGCAGCCCUCCAGCACUGUCGGGUUGCCCAAGAACACUUUAAGACCUACGGAGUACCCGGGGUACUCGAGACAAAAAAGGUCUCAGCCUCCAAUGUCGGCCGAGAUCACGGCGGAGAUAAGCUUUCGGCGGACUUUCAACUAGGGUUCGUAUUUUUCAUGAAAAGUAUUUUCGAAGAAAAUUUUCCUGAAAUUUUUCAUAUUUUUCAGAAAAAUUCGGAAAAAUAUGAAAAAUACAUUUGUUAUGGCCUUUUCUCUAUUUUAAGUGGUUUUUUAUACACUCUAGUUAUUUUGACUAGGUCUUUGAUGAAAGCGCAAGCGAACACCUUUCAAAGCUGCGCGCGGCGUGCGUCAUGACGCGAACGAAACCGAAAUAACUACAGGGCGACGGUUUGGUCAGCUGUUUUUUUUUUGGGGGGGGGGGGAGCUUGACAAGUGCGAUUUGUUCAGUUCAGUGUUCAGUCAGUGCAGGUGCGGAGACAGGCUCGACUCUUCCUGGAAAAGCUGCCCCUCACAGGUAAUUACUGUCAACAUUUCACAAAUCACUUGACUGGCAUAAGUUAAAUUCGAUAACUAGUUGGUAUCACGGAGGAUUAGUGUGUUGUGGUUUGUACAUAGCAAAAGUGUCACAUACACAUAUGACUUUGAUGAUGACGUUAGCUCCACACGUGUCGUAGAGGUUAGACCGUGGUCCGUGGUUCACAACACAAAUUUGUAGUUAUCAUCCCCUGUCAUUUUCAGGCUUUACUUCACAAUGGGAAGGAAGAGAGUUUUUGUGUGGGGGCAUUUUCAGAAGAUCAAAGGGAUCAAUGGAAACAUUUCAGUAAAAUGCCACUACUGCCCCUUCAAGUCCGACUUUCCAAAUGCUACGCGGAUGUCGAAGCAUUUGGUUACCUGCACCAAUUGUCCUGAUUGCAUCAAUAAUGAGGCACUACAAAUGUGUAAGCAGGUGUCAAGGUCAACAUCUAGGAGGAGGCUAAUACGUGACUCUGAAUCGGAUGAGGAUGAUCCUCUGUCUCGUCAGUCUUCAAGCAGUCCCUCUACAUCUUCAACUAAUUCACCUCGAGCUGUCUCCAGUUCAACUUCAAGUCCUUCAACCCCAAGAUCUAUUGCCAUGGGCAUAAGCAGAUAUGUGGUGAAGACCACAGAAAAUCAAAGGAAGCAGCUGGACGAGGCCCUAGCUAGGGCAGUCUACAUGUCAGGCCUCUCCUUUUCGACUCUGGAAGAUCCCUUCUGGAAAUAUGCUAUUGGACUUCUCAGGGAUGGAUAUGAACCACCAUCGGCUUUCCGUUUGCGCACUUCACUGUUGAUGAGUGAGUACACAAACGUCAUGAAUUGUACAAAGACUAAAAUCAAGUCAGCAGA